CCACUAUAUUUUUUGUCUUUUGCGUAUUUGUUGUUUCUAACCAAACUAACAAAAUGUCGGAAGCAGAACCUAUGGUACUUUGUCCUUUCAACUCCCAUCAUGUGGUACAUAAAAGCUCACUUCAAAGGCACAUUCUUCGUUGCAUGAAAAAUUACCCCGAUCAUGAAGUGUGUCCCUAUAACGCCCUUCACCGGUUUUUAACGAAACAACUUUUGCAAGAUCACAUGAUGGACUGCGAUUCAAAAAUGAAAAACGAGCUGUUUUUUGCCAACAUCAACGCAAAAGUGAAAAAGGAUGCUCCAAUGUUCACUGAAAAAGCUGGUAAUGGUGAAAUUGUUGGUGAAAAUUGGAAUGAAGAUUGA